AUGAACCGAUCUUUCUCAAGUUCAUUGACAACGGGUUCAAUUAUAUCAGACGGCGAUAUUCCGAAAGAUACAGUUGACUCGGUUCGUCUUACCAAACGUAUACAUCGUAUGUCUGCACCAACAAUCGAUUGGGAUGCAGAAAAGACAUUAAGUUCAGUAGUUGAUAUCGAUAUUGAUGCUUUAGAUGCUGAAUUUGAACGAUUGUCAGUUGAUUUUAAAAGUAAAAUGAUUGAAUUACGUAAGAAUCCGAAUAAUAUGACUUUACGUCAUACACUUACGUCGACUAAAGAAGCAUUGAUACGUAUUAAAACUUGGUCAUCAUUAGUAAAUACAGCUGAUGGCUUAGCUAUUAUGAAGAAAAGUAUGGCUAAGCAACAUGAAAAAGAACUUCUGCAACGAAAAUAUGAAGUUGACGAAAUACUUAAAAUUUCUAAAGUACAAUCGGCUAUUGAUUUAUGUUUUCUUAUGGAUUGUACAGGCAGUAUGAGAGAAUAUCUUCAUGCAACUAAAACUCAAAUUUGUCAACUUACAGAAUGCAUUAGACAAUUAUAUUCUAUCAAACCUAAUCUUGCUUUUGUUGGAUAUCGAGAUAUUAACGAAAAUUUGGACAAACUCGAUUUUACUGAUGAUGAAAAUAUAUUUCAAGAAUUUUUAACUAAAGUUCAAGCUAUGGGUGGUGAUGAUACAUGUGAAGAUGUAUUUAGUGGAUUAGAAACUGUUGCUCAACUUUCAUGGUCAACUCCAAAUCGUUUAUUAGUUCAUAUUUGUGAUGCACCUUGUCAUGGACAAGAUUAUCAUGAAUUUCAAGGAACAGCAAAUGAUAACUAUCUUAAAGGUGAUCCAAAGAAUCGAGAAUUAUCAACAUUAAUGUUUAGUAUUAAACGAUUAGGUAUAACAUAUUGCAAAAUUCCAUUAAAUGAAACUACAAAAAAAAUGUUUGAAGAAUUUGCUUUUGUAUUUGGAUCAAUAUCUGAAAUUUAUGUUAGCGAUCCAACAUGUUUAAUUAAACGUAUUAUUGAAAAAACAAGUUCUAUUAUUCAAAGUUGUAUUGAAUCAACAAUAUCAUCUUAUCGUAAUUCAAAUAAACAAAUUAAAUCUUAUACACUUUUUAGUAAAGAACCCGAUUGGAAUUCAUUAGAAAUAUAUGAUGUUAAUGUAACUGAAAUUAUUCCACCUAAUACAAUCGAUGAUAUUUUUCAUCCUUUAUUGAUUAGUAAAACUAAGGGUAAAAUAAAAAUUGCACCAAAUCCUUUUGCUAAAGGAUCAAUUCGUUUUGCUUUCUAUGGUCAAUAUAGUAGUGAUGAUUCUCCUUUCGUAGAUGUUGUUUUUAAAGAAUUUGCUAGUACAGAUCCAAAAGCAAACACAUUUAUUGUCUAUCAAGAACAUCUUGAAAUACAAGCUAUUGCUCAAUUCUUAGCCGAACAAUUUAAUGCUGAACAACAACGUCUUUUUCGAAAUUUCAUUCCAAUUAUAUAUGCCGAUGCUGAUCUUAUUCAACAAACAACAAAUCCAUUGAAAAUCUAUCAAGUUGAACGACGUAUGCAUCAAGAAUGGCGUAAAUGGAAUAAUAAUAGUGGUGGAGUAUCUUUAAGUGAAUAUUCAACAAUCUUACAAGCGUUUUCUCAUUGGACAUAUCAUAUUACUUCGGGUCGUCUUAUGGUUGUCGAUUUACAAGGUGUUAAAGUAGAUCGUGCUUAUUUAUUAACGGAUCCAGCAUUACAUUGCAAUGAUUUAUUACGUUUUCGAGAAACACGAACUAAUCUUGGUGUAAAAGGUAUGCGUCAAUUUUUUCGUACACAUGUAUGUAGUGAUAUAUGUUCUAAGUUAAAUAUACCUAUGUUGAAUACUGAAUCGAAUUCAAUUUUAUUGAGUCGUUCUGAUUCACUUUUAUGUAAUGCAACUACAAAAACAACUGAUAUUUUAAAUGUACAGACAACGGAAGAAAAUAAUUUUGAACCAAUCGAUAAAAAUCAAUUAGAAACAAUAGAGAAUUUUGAAUUAUGCUAA